AUGACAUACCAAAAUAAAAAAUAUUGUUCUGUUUANAUCCUGUACAGACCGGACAUCGUCGACAUAGAUAACAGAGUGGUGCCGACGCCCGUGUCCCAUCUCCAAAACGAUUACGACUUCGUCAUAAUCGGGGGUGGCUCUGCUGGCUCGGUGCUGGCCAAUCGUUUAUCGGAAAACGAGAAAUGGUCGAUUUUAUUGAUAGAAGCUGGUGCGAACGAACCGUAUCUGUCCGAUGUACCGGCGAUGUACCCGUCCCUUCAGCGCUCGCCCUACGACUGGCAGUUUGAGCUCAAUGCGUCGAAUAAUUAUUGCAGAGCUAUGAACAACAACCAGUGCUUCUAUCCUCGCGGCAAGGUGCUCGGUGGGUCCAGCGUUUUGAACGGGAUGAUGUACGUACGCGGUAACCGAAGAGACUACGACCAAUGGGAAGCACUUGGGAACCCGGGAUGGAAUUACACAAACGUUUUGUAUUAUUUCAAAAAAUCCGAAGAUUUUCGAAUCAGAGAAUUCCAAAACUCUUCUUACCACAGUACCGGUGGACCUCUGUCGGUGGAAAAUAACAGGUAUCACGCACCCGUCAUUGACUACUUGGUAAGAGCCGGUACCGAAAUGGGUUACGAGUACGUCGACAUAAACGGAGCCUCGCAAACCGGAUUCACUAUCACUGAGUCGACGCUGAGGGAUGGAUUGCGGUGUAGCGCGGCGAAGGCUUUCCUCCGGCCCGCUUGGAGGCGAAAGAAUUUACAAAUCAUCAUCGAAUCUACCGUAGAAAAGAUUCUAAUCGCGAAAGAUGAGAACAAUGAGAAAAGGGCGUACGGGGUGAAAUUUCGAGACGGGUCGAGGGUUCACACGGUGAGAGCCAAACGUGAGGUGAUCCUGUCGGCCGGCGCGGUGAUAUCGCCGCAGGUUUUAAUGCUGUCCGGAAUCGGGCCGAGGGAACACUUGGAGGAAUUGGGAAUCCCUGUGAUUCACGAUGCACCUGGCGUGGGCCAGAAUCUACAGGACCACGUGGGCAUUAGCGGAUUAGACUAUUUGGUGGACAGGCCAGAGAAUUACACGUCCUCCGCGAGUUUCAGUUCUGGAUUAUUAAACGUUAUAAAUAAUAACACUGUCAGAGAAUUUCUUGUGAAUUACACUGGCCCGAUGUACUCGUAUGGUUUGCUAGAAGGCACGGCGUUUAUUUUUACUAGAUACGCGAACAGGUCCGAGGAUUAUCCUGAUGUACAAUUAUUGCUGUCUUCUGUAAGCGACAAUACGGACGUCGGCCUUUCAAGCGAAGGGCUCAUGAAUAUUAGGUCCGAUGUGAUGAACGAUAUGAACAGAGGUAUAUUGCUCAACCAAACGUACACGAUCGUCCCGCUGGUCUUGAGGCCGCGGAGUAGGGGAUACGUGAAACUGCGAUCGACCGAUUUUUACGACCACCCGAUCAUCGUUACUAAUUAUUUCCAGGAUUCCCGCGACCUCGACGUUCUGGCCGAUGGAGCGAGAUUCAGCUACGAAAUGUUGAACACGCCUACGCUGAGACAGUUGAACGCACGACCGAACCCUAACAGGCUACCCGAAUGCGCUUCUUUCGGUUACCCGUCGUUGAAUUACUGGCGUUGUUUCGCCCAAUACUUCACGAUGAGCAUUUAUCACCCGGUCGGAACGUGUAAAAUGGGACCAGCUAGCGACCGAAUGGCAGUGGUCGACCCGAGACUGAGAUUGCACGGAGUGUCCAGGUUGCGAGUGAUCGAUGCGUCGAUCAUGCCGAGGAUCGUCUCUGGAAACACGAACGCGCCUACUAUAAUGAUCGCUGAAAAAGCUGCUGACAUGAUCAAGCAGGACUGGAGAUAUAGAGAUUAAUUUCUACUGGAUCGUUUUAAUAAAGAU